AUGUCGUCGGACUCGAAGGCGACAGCAGGUGAUGCGGCAUCGGCCAACCGACUCAAAUUUGAAGACGAUGAUCAUGAUCUGGAAAACGACACUCCGAUAGGGACGACGACAGCUGGCGGCGCACCCAGCAGCACCACCACGUCGUCCGACGUUGCGCACAGGAAAUCCAAACCGGGAAUCAACCGUAAGAAAGGCCCGAGUACUGGCAAAGACGACGGCGGCGCUGAAUCGAUUGCCAACGGUGGUAGCAGUGGCAGUACCAAUGGGAGCGGCAACGUCAGGAAAAGGAGCGCCGCCAAUAACGGCGAGGAAUUGAACGGACACGAGGAAGUGAAAGACGAAGUACCGGGUGGGAAUGCUCUGGCUGCUGCUCCACCGACAUCUUCUUCACCACCACCUGCUCCUGCGUCAUCGUCCUCAAACGGCAAGGUGUCGAAACGCAGGAAGGUUAACCAUGGACACCUCUGCCGCGAUGAGGUUCGCGACGCGAAGAGGCUUAAACCUGAGAGGGAUCAUUCUACUGAGGAAGCUUCACCUUCGUCGCCCACAAGCCCCAAUGAGAUGGCUACAAAUACUCCCGAAAUCCAGGAGAUCCCAGCUGAGGAUUCCUCGGGUGAAGGUGGUUUGCAGCAGCAUACACACCAGCAGAACAAGCAGAACCCGUCCAUGCCUCCUCCUCGUAACUCAGUAGCUUCAACGCCUGGCUUACUUGCUCUAUCUCCUGUGUCUACUACCCAGCGUGCCAAUCUACACGCCCAGAACUUUCUUGGAGUUCCCGACUGGACUGUAUCACAGCAGAGCUGGAAUCCCUAUCACCACCCCAUGAUGUUUUCCAAUCCCGAAGCUGCAUCGGAAUAUGAUCUCAUGAACGAGUUCUUCCUUGACAGCAUAUAUAAUAACGAUAUGUUCCUGGGAGGAGAAGGCCUUCUCCAAGACCACGGCUUCAAUGACAACAAUCUUUUCGCUGCAGGAAGUACUUCUGGCUCCUCCGCUGCUGAAAAUGGUGCUUCCUCUUCUACAACUGCAACUGCAAGCUUGAACGGCCUACGCGCAAACGCCAUGUUACCGCAAGCCGCACCGUCUCCCAUGAUCCGCCCAGCGAGCGUGAAACCUACUCUGGAGAAAGCAAAGGAGCUCUACUAUCUCACUGCCGCUGAUCCACCUAAGGAUGGUAUACCCGAGGACCGUAUGAAGCAAGUCUUGAAAGCCAAGCACGAUGCGGGCCUCCUCAAGCCGUUUAAUUACAUCAACGGCUAUCGGCGGCUGCAGAAAUAUAUGGACGAUAACAUGCAGUCGUCGUCAAAACAAAGAAUUCAAAAGUCGCUAGAGAGGUUUAGACCAAAAUUUAGAGAAAAGACCCAUCAGCUGACGGAUAUCGACCUGAUAUUUGUCGAAGAAUGGUUUGAGCGAUCUUUGAUGGAGUAUGAUCGUGUGUUUGCUGCUAUGGCCGUACCGGCCUGUCUGUGGAGGCGAACCGGUGAGAUCUUCAGAGGCAACAAAGAGUUUGCGGAGUUGAUUCAUGUGCCAAUUGAGCAGAUGAGAGAUGGCAAGUUGGCCAUAUACGAACUGAUCGCGGAAGACUCGGCUGUCAGCUAUUGGGAGAAGUUCGGUGCAAUCGCUUUCGACCCAUCACAGAAGGCAAUGUUAACGACUUGCUACCUGAAAAACCCGGACCCGAGUGCUUCGGACAAGUUGAUACACUGCUGCUUCUCGUUUACUAUCCGGCGGGAUUCUUCACAUAUUCCCGCCAUGAUCAUUGGAAACUUUCUGCCAAUACCCUAA